AUGGUAUUAUUCACAUUAUUUAUUAUCACUAUUUUUCUACUUUUAUUGUGUUAUUAUAUUAAACGUAUCUAUUUUACUUUAUAUGGUUCCAUACCUGGUUUACCACCUCAAUUUCUCGUCGGUAAUUUACUUGAAACUGGCGUUAUAGGAAAGAAUAUUCCUAUCAAUCUAAUAUUUCUUGAUUUGAAAGCAAAAUUCGGUGAUAUAUUUCAAUAUUGGCUUGGUCCAACACGUAUCAUUGUCGUCAGUCGUCUAGAAGAUGUUCAAUAUAUCUAUAGUCAUCGACAUAUUUAUGAUCAAGGUGAUAUAUUUAUCGACAAAAUUAGUCUUGUUAAUCCAUAUGCAGGACUUUGUAUGAAAGGAGCAUCAUUUAAACGUCAUAUUAGUAUUACUAGUCCAUUAUUUCGUCGUAAUAAAAUCAAUACAUAUUUAGAUACAAUAAAUGAUUGUACAGAUAAAUUAUUGGUUCGUUGGCAAAAUUCUAAUGAUAAUUCGCGAGAAAUUCAUUUAAAUAUGAUUGAACAAUGUCAACAAUUAUUACUUUCAAUAUUUGGUUAUAUUGCUUUUGAUUAUGAUCUUCAAACACUUGAUGAUGAAUAUAAUAGUCAGAAAAAUGAAUUGACUCAUGCAUUACAUAUACAUCUUGGAGCAGCAAUAACUACAAUUCAAUUACCAACAAUUAUUGCUCGAAUUUAUUUAUUAAAUCCUGUAUAUCGACGAGCACGAGCAACAAUUGAUCGAUAUUUACAACAAAUGAUUGAACAAGAAUUACGUGAAACACCAGAUAUGAGAGCUGAACGUAAAAGAACAAGUUUAAUUGCUUCAUUAGUUGAUUCAUUACAACAAGAUGAAAAACUUGAACAAACGAAAUCUGAAGAAGAUAAAAAAGGUCUUUCACGAGCUGAAGUUAUUGGAGAAAUGCUUUCAUUACUUUCAGCUGGUUAUAAAAUAUCUCAAUAUGAUCAUCAACGUCUUACAAUUGAACAACUUGAUUCAUUAGUUUAUUUGGAUUGUAUUAUUCGUGAAUUAUUUCGUUUUAUACCACCUGUUGUUGGUACUGUACGAACAUUGAUUAAUGAUGAUCAAUUACCAUCGACUGGUGUUCAUUUAAAUAAAGGUGAUCAAAUUUUUAUUCCAUUUUAUAAUUUAAGUAGAGAUCAACGUUACUGUCCAGGAUUAAUGGAUCCUAAUCAAUUUCAUCCUGAACGAUUUCUUAAUACAACCAAUGAUAAUAAAAUCGAUUCGAUAACAUUUGGUGGUGGUCAUCGACAAUGUAUUGGUCAAGAUUUUGCAAGAAUUGAAUUGAAAGCUAUCUGUGUACGACUUAUGCAACAUGUUACGUUUGGUGAUGGAGGAGAGAAAGUCAAUGCAGGUGGAUAUAAACAAACUGAUACAAUACUACCGAAACAUAUCGGUGUCACUAUUACAUUUGAUUAA